AUGUCUUUAAGUCCUGGAGAUCCAAGUUCUUUUUCAAGACCAGAAUUUGCAGUUGUAACUCAUACUCAUUUAGAAUUAGAUGUUAAUUUUGAACAAAAAGUUCUCACAGGUAAAGCAAUAUUAGAUAUAGAAACCAAAAGUACUACUACUGAAUUAAUUUUAGAUAAUCGCAAACUUGUCAUAUUAAAUGUUACAAAUGCUAUUGACGGAUCUCACCUACAAUAUGAUAUUGGAAGUGAUGUUGAAUUUGGAAGUAAAUUGAUUGUUCAGUUACCACAAACAGCACUGGCUGUUAAUGAUAAUAAUAAAUAUAAAAUUGAAAUUAAGUAUGAGACAUCUCCAAAUGCUACCGCAUUACAAUGGCUAACAGCAGAACAAACUGCUGGUGGUGUACAUCCUUACUUAUUUUCACAAUGUCAAGCUAUACAUGCUAGAUCCAUGUUUCCUUGCCAAGAUACUCCAUCUGUAAAAUCUACAUAUUCUGCUAAAAUUUCUGUACCACAAGAACUUACAGUUGUAAUGUCUGCACUCUUGGAUAAAGUAUCAGAUUUGGAGAACUCAAAGAAAUUGUACGAGUUUCACCAACCAGUACAAAUACCAUCUUAUCUGGUAGCUAUUGCAGUAGGUGCAUUAGUGUCAAAACAAAUUGGCCCAAGAAGCAAAGUAUGGGCUGAGAAGGAGUUUAUUGAUAAAAGUGCAUUUGAAUUUGAGGAGACUGAAACAAUGUUGCAUAUUGCCGAACAAUUAUGUGGUCCUUAUGUUUGGGGCAUUUAUGAUAUAUUAGUACUUCCACCGAGUUUUCCAUUUGGGGGAAUGGAGAAUCCUUGUUUGACGUUUGUGACACCGACCAUACUUGUCGGAGAUCGUUCGUUAGCCAAUGUUAUUGCACAUGAAAUCUCUCACAGUUGGACGGGAAAUUUAGUUACGAACGCGAACUUCGAGCAUUUCUGGUUGAACGAAGGUUUUACUGUAUUUGUUGAGAGAAAAAUCAAUUCUAGAAUGUUUGGCGAAAAGAUGAGGCAUUUUGAAGCAUUACACGGCAUUGAAAGUCUACGUGAGGAAAUAAAAAACCUGGGUAAAACAAAUCAGCUGACGAACUUGGUGCCUAAUCUGGCAGGUGUCGAUCCCGAUGAUGCGUUUUCUAUCGUGCCUUAUGAAAAGGGACAUACAUUUUUAUUUUAUCUGGAGCAGCUUUUAGGUGGACCAGAAGUGUUUGAACCAUACUUAAAAUCUUAUUUAAAUAUGUACAAGUACAAGAGCAUCAAAACAGAUACUUGGAAAGAUUAUUUGUAUCAGUAUUUCCCUGACAAAGUUGAGCUGUUAAAUUCUGUUGAUUGGAAUAUGUGGCUACAUAAACCAGGUAUGCCGCCUGUGAUACCUGAUUAUGACAAAACAUUGGUAAAUGUAUGUACCAAGUUAGCAAAACAAUGGAUCGAAUGGAACGAAGAUACUGUUAUGCCUUUUGCUAUUAUGGAUAUAGAAAAUUUUUCUCCUGGUCAGAAAGUAGCAUUUUUGACUGAUUUACAUAAAUCAUCUACAGUUCUACCGCUUAAUAAGAUACAGCGAAUGGCCGAUAUUUACAAGUUGGAUUCUGUGAAAAAUUGCGAGAUACGGUUUAUUUGGUUGCGAUUAUGCAUUAAGAACCGCUGGGAAUCAAAAGUUUCCGACGCUUUGGCUUUCGCUACUGAGCAAGGACGUAUGAAAUAUGUACGUCCUAUAUUUCGAGACUUGUACGAGUGGGUAGAAGUGCGACAGCGAGCGAUCGACGUAUAUCUUAGUAAGAAGAAUAAGAUGAUGUACGUUACUGCGCACAUGGUUGCAAAGGACCUUCAUCUGAUUGACUGAUGUGGGAGGAUCAUAUUGAAAUUGAUAUUUUAUUCAAUGACCAAUAUUUUACAUAUUUUACCAGAAGAUUUUUAUUAUAUUUUAUCAUAUAAUGUAUAAAUAUGAAAUAAAGGAAUAAUAAAUUA